AUUUCCUUCCACUCGCGUUACCUUACUGAAGACGGAAAUGUCGUGAUAAGUCCAUUGUUUUGCCGAAUUCGUGUCGUUAAAAAAGUAACAAAUAAAUCGACUCUCGACUCGGGUCGUCUCUCUUCAGUUUUGACGCAAUACGAUAAAGGUCGGCUCUUUUUUAAGUCAACUGAAGCUGGUAUCUAUACACGCAUUAUGCCAGGUUUAGAUUUAAAGUUUCUGGAUCGACCGAGGAGGAGAUUUUAUUGCCCUUUGUGUAAUAAGCCGAUGAGGGAACCUGUUCAGGUGUCCACCUGCGGUCACAGAUUCUGUGACACCUGUCUGCAGGAGUAUCUCAGUGAAGGAGUGUUCAAGUGCCCAGAGGACCAUCUGCCACUGGAUUAUGCCAAAAUUUUUCCAGACAUGGAGCUGGAACAGCAGAUUCUCUCUCUGCCCAUCCGCUGCAUUCACAGUGAGGAGGGCUGCCGCUGGGCCGCACAGAANAAAGAAGGGGCUUAA